AAGGUUGUCUACAUCACAGCCACUUUGCCAUACAUUCUAAUCACAGUCCUCAUCAUAAAAGGUGCCACUUUACCUGGGGCAGUAGAUGGUGUUUUAUUCUACAUUAGCCCAGACUUCAGGUACCUGGUACUGGUAAUUAUAACUGCAGUCUUUCAUUACGAGUACCGGUACGGUACUAAAGAGUACCGACACAGGUAGUUAAUGUACACAGGAGGUUAUAACAGGAGGAAGAAUGAUGUGAUAUCACUUCUUGGAGAUAGGGAGACAAGUGUAUUAAAUACAGCCAUAAAAACAUUGAUAAUUUACUAAUGAUAAUUGGUAUGUUCUAUGGAGACAUUCUGCUAACUAAAAUGUUGUAUUGAAAUUAUAAAAAGUGUUAAGUUAAAAAAAUGUGCAAUCUUGACUUGUCCAGUAAAUUGAUGCAAGUGCAGACGUGGCUGGAAGCAAGUCUACAAGUCAUCUACUCACUGGGACCAAUCUGGGGCGGGCUGGUAACAAUGGCCAGCUACAACAAAUUUAAUAACAAUUGUAUGAGGUAGGGUAUACUUGUUUCUUGCAUCAACUUUUACUACAGGUAUCAGUAGUUAAAUAUUUUUUUUUAAAUUUAAAAUACAACGUAACAAAUUUAAAACAUUCCUUUUUUAUUCCCCAGAGAUUCUAUAAUGUUGACAUUGUUGUGUGAGGGCACCAGUGUGUUUGCUGGAUUUGCUAUCUUCACAGUACUUGGUCACAUGGCUUAUAAUCUCGAUGUUCCAGUUGCCAAUUUCUCAGAAACAGGUAUUUCAAAAACACAUUGAUUACGGUACUAAGAUGUUUUUGUUUGAAAAAGAAAUAAUUGAAUAAUUUAGAGCUAGACCUCCAAAAAACUUUUUUUAGGACUGUCAUAUUUUUGCCCAACAAAAAAUUAACGGUAUAACAAUAAUAGACAAUCAAAGCGAUUUUUUCAUGUCAUUAAAAGUGUUUUUUUCUAUUAUCAGGGGCAGGAUUAGCCUUUGUUGUCUACCCUGAAGCCAUUGCUUAUCUGCCAGUACCACAAUUGUGGGGUGUGUUGUUUUUCCUCAUGUUGUUUACUGUUGCUUUAGAUUCACAGGUAACUUUUUUGAAGUGAGAUACUGGUAAUGUUACUUCUCUGUUUCUGAUAAAAUGAUAAGUAUAAAUAAAUAUAUGAAAUAACAUAAAUACAUACUGUACAACAAACAAUAAUAAAAUAACGUUUAAUUUUUAAAAAAUUGGAGUUCUUCAAAUAAUUUAAAUUGCAAAAUGAUUUUGUCAGUCAUUCCUCUGUAAAUUCUAUAAAUCAAUGUACAAAUUCUCAAUACCGGUGCACAUAUUAAAAAUGUAGCGCUAAAAAGCUGGAUGUUAAAAGUUAUAAAAGUGCUUUGAGGUGCUUUAUUUUUUUUCUUAUUUAUGAAUCUAUUUUAGAAUUCAGGAAUUGUAAAAAUAAAAUGUUCACUUUUUUUGCCAGUUUGUUUUUGUAGAAAUAGUUUUGACCAGCAUCUAUGAUAUUUGGCCAAAAUUCGUCACUAAAUACAACAUAGCAGUGAAAUUGGGAUAUUGUUCAUUACAAUUCCUUAUUGGACUACCACUUGCUGCUAGAGUAAGUAAAUGUACUGUACAGAAAACAUCUUUGAAUUUAAUGAACUAGCCCCCAGAUAGACUUAAAAUUUUUGCCAUAUUUUUUCUGUUUAGAUCAGGGAUCUGCAAAAUUUUUUUAGCCAUUACCCCAAAAUAUAUACAGUUGAUAACCCUAAUUUGAAAGGAAGAAAAUCAUAGACUUUUUAUUUUCAAAAUGGUAUACUGAAUCUAUUUAUUUGGAAAAUACAAUAAUAAAUAUAGAAGUACUUAAUUAAUUUGAUAAAAAUAAAUUAAUAAAAUACUUAUAAUGGACAAAAAGAUACCUUUGAAAAAAAUUAACUUCAAAUUUUGUAGAAAUGAUGUUUCAUUUUUAUAUAAUGGCAUCAAAAUUUUGGCUUUUUUUAAAUCAGAGAAAAUUUGGAUAUUGUUUUUGGGGUCAACUAAUUGAUUUCUAUUCUUUUUUAUGUUCAUUUGAGUUAAAACUUGGCAAAGGUUGGUGCAAAAGGUGGAAAAAUUUGACUGCCUCCUCUUGAGAAUCAUUGAAAACCUUUGCAUCUCUUGAUGUUUUGAGGAUAAGCAGGAACAUCACUAGGACUGUGGGGCUGUGGACCAUAUCCAGGAAAUCCUACCAUGGGGUUGACAACCUGAAAGGGGAAUGACACCAUUUGAAAAUUAAAAUUUGACAGAGCUUAUUUAAAUUUGUUUUAUAACACAACUAAGUUUAAUGCAAGAGCAGAAUGCCACCUGUCACUAGAACAGGCUGUCUUGGAGGAGACCCAUGGGUCACAGAGCAGGCUGACUUGGAGGACAUCCAUGGGCGAUUCAGGCACCUGUCACUAGAGCAGGCUGUCUUGGAGGAGAUCCAUGAGCGAUUCAGGAUGGGAUGACACCAUGCCAUCAAAAAAACUGCACUGAGUGGAACCAAUUCUUGUGAUGCCUAUGAGCAUAAGAUAAAAUAGUGGACUAGACAAAAAUUACAUAAACAAGACGACACGUGAGGGCUAGCUGCUGAGCCACUAGUGACAAGUUAAUGAGUGUGUUUGGCUAUUGCAUCGGCCAGAUGCAGUAUUGCCAACAAAAUAAAUGUCAUUAAAAAAACAUGCUUCAAAUAAAAUUGUAUUUAUGUCUAUUGUGCCCUCAUAACCCCUAAGAUUUCCAUUUUACCACAUCUAGGGUAAUUUACCACAGAUUGCCAUCCCCUGCACAACAUAUGGCCUGCGGACCGCCAUGUGGCCCCCAGCACCCAUUUUGCGGCCCGUCAAUCAACAAAAUAAUCUUUAUGCUUAUUAUUUUCUUUAUAGCUUUCCCCCCUGUCCUAUUUUCUUUUGUGCGCACAAGUCCUGUCCUAUUUUCUUUUGGCCCGCACAAGUUUAUCAUAAAGUAUUACGGACCAUCCUACAUUUUGAGUUCUGCAGGCCUGGUGUAGUGUGACAAGUCAUACCAGCAGUAUGUCUUCAGACAGAAUGUAGUUAGAAUGUUACCAUUUCUUUGAAUAAGUCAUACCACCUGACUUUUGACAGGGAGGAAUGUAUUUGUUCCAACUGGUUGACUGGUACAUAGCUGCCUUUGCUGCUGUAGCUGUUGGACUGCUUGAGUGCAUCAUUGUUGCCUGGAUCUAUGGUUAGUGACAUUUACAAACUUUAUUCAGGGCAUGUAACCGAAUAGUAACUUAACUACAGCAUUUUAUUGCAUCUCAACUUAUCUCUGGAAGGCGCACAGUGCUCGAAUACAAAUUAGAAUCCCUAAGCUUACAAAGGAAACAUAGUUAAUUACCUUGUUUUUUCUGUUCUCCAUAUCAACACUAAUUUGUAACUUUUGGGGGCUCCAUAUCAACACUAAUUUGUAACUUUGGGGGCUCCAUAUCAACAUUAAUUUGUAACUUUGAGAGCUCCAUAUCAACACUAAUUCAACUAAUUUGUAAUAUUGAGGGCUUCAUAUCGACACUAAUUUGCAAAAUUGAGGGCUCCAUAUCAACACUAAAUAAUUUGUAACAUUGAGGCAUAUUAAAAAACAUAAUUGAUAUUUAUUUGUGCUAACCUAUCUAGGGGCAGAUAACUUUAUGGAUGAUGUGACGAGAAUGAUGGGGUAUAGGCCUCCUUACAUGUUUAAUAUUUUAUGGAGAUUUAUCACACCAGCUGUGCUCAUAGUAAGUUAUACAGUUAUUGUUUCAGAAAAAAACAACUUUUAAUCAAUAAAUCCAUGUUGAAAUAGUAACAACAUAUUUUUAUUUUCUAUCGGUUUUAAUUAUAUUACUGUACCUGUAAGGUUAAGCAAACUUGAAUGUGAAAAUAUAUAUAUUAUUAAAAAUAUUUUAAAUGUUUGUACCGGUAUUGAAAGAAUUUUGACUUGUGUCUAUGCCAGGUUGUGCUGGUAACAUCACUGAUGAGUUACGAUGCCCCUACUUUUGAAGGUUACAAGUUCACUUCAGCUGGGAUAGCAUUCGGAUGGUUCAUUGCAGUCGUUUGGUUCCUUCCCAUUCCUCUUGUAGCCAUUGCUCAGAUACUGAGGGCCAAAGGGAGCUUUCUUGAGGUU